UGGGCCUCAGACAUUUCGCCUUUUGUCGCAGGAUUUUCGUGUCACACACCAAACCCCUGGCUGCCUCUUCGACGCGGCACCAUUAAUGUGAUGCUAAUAAUAAUAAUCUAUUAAAAGUCUAAUAUCUGCGAAUAUGUGAAGCCUGUAAGCGAUGUAUCGGGGUCGAUACCUUAAGUGCUCCUGUUGGCCAGCUGCAGCCAGAUAAACCAAGAUGCCUCAAAAGAUGCUGAAGAGUGCCCAUUACAUUGAGCUGGGCAGCUACCAGUACUGGCCAGUUCUUGUGCCAAGAGGGAUCCGCUUGUACACUUACGAACAGAUCCCUGUGUUUCUUAAGGAGAACCCAUACAUUACGGAUGGAUACAGAGCACACCUGCCCUCUAAACUAUGUCUGAAAAGCAUGUUCAUUCUUUCCAAUGAGACGGUGAAUAUCUGGAGUCAUCUGCUGGGCUUUCUGCUGUUUUUCUUGCUGGGAGUGAACGACAUGUCCUCAGUGUUGCCGGCCGCAGGUGCAUCCAGAGAGGACUAUGUUAUCUACUCCAUCGGGCUGUUUUGCUUUCAGGUUUGCAUGUUGUGCUCUGUGGGCUAUCACCUUUUCUGCUGCCAUCGCUCAGAGAAGACCAGUCGCCGCUGGCUUUCACUGGACUAUGCUGGGAUCUCUGUUGGCAUCCUGGGCUGCUAUGUCCCAGGGGUCUUCUAUGCCUUCUACUGCAACAGUUUCUGGCGGCAGGUCUACCUGGUGACAGUUCUUGCUCUGAUUCUGGCCGUGUUCUCAGCUCAGAUCCACCCGCUCUACCACACACAGGAGUGGAAGACGCUGCGCUCCGCCAUCUUCUGCUCUGUGGCGGGCUAUGGCAUCAUCCCUGCCUGCCACUGGGUGUGGCUCAACGGAGGCUUCCAUGCUGAGAUCGUGCAGGCAUUUUUCCCACGUGUCAUGGUCAUGUAUCUGCUUGCUGCUUCUGCCUUCCUAUUCUACAUCAGUAAAGUUCCUGAACGUUACUUUCCAGGGCAGCUGAACUACCUAGGUGCCAGUCACCAGCUUUGGCAUGUAUUGGUGGUGCUGAUGUUCUACUGGUGGCAUCAAACUGCUGUCUACAUUAUGCACUACAGACACAGUCAGCCAUGCCAGGAGCACAGCGGCGGCAACAUUGGCAGUGUUGGCUAGUGCUGCUUUUACAUCAGCUGGUCUACAGAAUAGUAGGCUCUAGUCACACCCCAGCAGAAAAGUAUUUUGGAAUGAGCUAGAGCAAUGGUUCCUAGUCCAAAUCUUAAAGUAAAAACUGCACAGGUUAGUGUCUUUCCUGCUUAAACAUAGCACUUUCUAAUCGCCAGCUAAUUCUCAAUCUAUUUAUAAGCUGGGUUAGGUUAUUAAAGCAGGGACGACACUAAACAUGUAAUAAUUUUUAUUCAUGCACCAAACUGUAUAUCCAGUUUUAUACCUCAUCCCUGCUAUCAAGCUGUGUGGGGUAGAGUUGGAUUUGGAAUUGGAACAUUGGAUUUUCUGUUACAGACUAAAUAUAAGGCGUUUCAAGGUCAGUACUGUUAAAUUGGACACACACAAUCCAAAUCAGUACACAUUUGAUUAUUAAAGAGUAACUGUGUAGCCAGUAUGAACAAAUCAUUCUAAGACUGCCUGUAAAACUUGUACCUUGACUUGAAUGUGAAACUUUUUAAUGCACUCAUAUGUGUGUAGGGAGUUCGUAAUAUUAAGAUUCUCAAAUGUUUGAGCCUUUUUAGAUUGUGACUUUUUGAACUGUAAUUAACUUUCCUUAAUGGCAUUAAUGUAGUUUUUUGGUACAUUUCCAAACCCAGUCUCACUGUUUUUGCAUUAGAUUAAAGGGGACCUUUUUUUUUCAAAAGUUCUGUAUAAUUUGGUCAUUAAGAUAAUGACUAAAGUCACAUUUGUUCACAGUGAUAAUAGGAACCAGACUUCUGAAGAGUUUAAUGCCACUGAAAGCUCUCUUGCAGAAUGUUAUUACAUGAAAUGGUUGUCAAUAUGAUGCCUGAGACAUUAUUUAUGAUAGUUUGAGAGGAUUUUGGCCUAAAACAUCACUAUAUUGCCAAAAGUCUUUACUCACUCAUCCAAAUCAUUGAA